CUCUUCAGUAUUUGACUCUGAAAAGACGACACAGAAGCGAACGAGGAAGUGCUGGAGAAUAAUAUUUUGAAAUCAAUUGUGCAUCAUUUCCCCUCACCAUUUUCAUCUGUUGCAUGUUUGGUUGUAAUGGAGACCCCUGAGCCCGGUCAGGCAGAUGGAGAGGAGCAGAUGGUGGAGCUGAGACCCAGGACCCGCUCCAAUCCGGAGGGUGCGGAGGACCGGCGCAGCAGCACCGGCAGCCUGAACAACAGCCUGGCGUCCCCGCCGCAGCCGGCCGUGGGCAGCCGUGUGGAGGGAGAGGGAGAGGCGGCCAGCUCCGACAGCCCUCCGACUUCUGCCUCCGCUGCAGCUGCACCUGUUACUGCCACGGGAAACUCCACCGCCAGCCUGCCUGCCAUGGCUUCCACAGUGAAGGAAAGACCCAAACCCCCUCAGGCGGCCAUCAGCACCCAGAUCCCCCCAUCAGCCGAGUUACACCUGCGGGCGCCACGAGUCAACUGCCCCGAGAAAGUGAUCAUCUGUUUGGACCUUUCUGAGGAGAUGUCUCUACAGAAACUGGAGUCAUUUAAUGGAUCCAAGACGAACGCCUUGAAUAUUUCACAGAAAAUGAUCGAGAUGUUUGUGAGAACCAAGCACAAGAUUGACAAAAGGCAUGAGUUUGCUCUGGUGGUGGUGAAUGAUGACUCCAUGUGGUUAUCAGGAUUCACGUCUGACCCGCGAGAGCUCUGCAGCUGUCUGUACGACCUGGAGACCAACGUCUGCGAGUCCUUCAAUCUGGAAGAUCUCCUCAAUGUCAUUUUGCAGAAAAUUGAACUUCCUCAAAUGGAGAACAUUCAGACCAUCCCGCCUCCUUUCGUAGUCCGGACUCUUCUCAUCUUCAGCCGGCAUGCUGGCAUGCUUCAGUUCAACCCCUCUGAUGCUGCCAAAAAAAUGCUGCAGUCUCCCUAUUUCUUCUUUGAUGUUGUUUAUCUUCAUAACGGCACUGAAGAACAAACAGAAGACACUAGCUGGAAGGACGUGUACGCCUCCUUCAGUGAGCUGGACUCUAAGGGAAUGUGUUAUUGCUUUGAGGUGUCACUGUGUGGUCCUGCUCUUGAGCUGCACAACUGCAUGGCCAAACUGCUGUGCCACCCGCUGCAGAGACCCUUCCAGAGCCACGCGUCCUACAGUCUGCUGGAGGAGGACGACGCGCCGGAGAACGAAGCCACGGUGUGAGACUGCAUAACCACAGACUGAUCCACUCCAAAAUGAAGGAGUGACCUGUGAAUAACUGUGUAUAUAUGGCCUUGCCCGCUCUUUCUGUACUAGAAAUGCCUUUUAUUACUUUUGAAAACUUCAGUGUCUUAAUUUAGCACAGCAGAAUAACCUAUAGCUCAAGACCCUGUUGUGGCACAGUCGAUUAAAGCUAACCAGUUAGUUUUUGAGAAUGUCAGCUAUCAACGUCGUGUAAAGGGAUACAUGAUACACCUCUCAAACGUCUGCUUGUUAUGUGGUGGAGAUUUUUCAUGUGAAUGAUGGCCAUAGAGAUCCAUUGACUGCUAAUGGUUUCAUCUAGACAGCAACUAAUAAAUACUGUUUGCUUGUUCCUGUCGAAUAAAUGAAACGUAAAUGCUCUGUGAGACUCAUUUGCUACAUGCGUGCCUUACAUACAAACCAACAAAUAUUAUGGUAUAGAAACCGUGUAGCUGUGGACAGAUUGUUUUAGAAGACAACCAUGUUAAAUAAGGUAUUUGAACGGACAUUUUUAAGUUAAAAAAAAAAAAUGAGUGGGAACUAAUAAUGGGCAGGGCUUGAUGCUGUCCAUCAUAAUUUGACUGGAUAGUGAAAAGCAAUCUAUGAUAUUAUUGGUUACUAUAUUCCACCAAAUCAGAUGAUAUUUCAGAUUAUUGCACCAGAUUUUAUAUGGAUGUAUGCUACACUGCAUUAUAAAACGGAUAGUUCCGGUCCUUGAUUCUGAUUGGCUG